CAUCACUUUAAUUAAACCUUGUACGGUUGGGAGGCACGCGCGGCACGGGAGCCCGUAAUCCCGUGGCAGUCCCCCCUAUCUUGUCGCGGACAAAGCCCCGCGCCACCCAGGAACCUCCCCCCAAAGCAUCUUUCACCAUGGCCUUCCAACGAUGUCGACUCGUUGCACUCGCCGCGUUGCUCGUAAGCGCGACUUCGGCACAGAACUGCGACUACUCCAAGAACGGCUAUUGCAUCAAAGCUGAAGCGAGCGCGUCGGUGACGUUCCCGUUCGAGCCGUUAUUCACCAGCCCCCCGAAGUUUGUCUUUGCCAUCGACAACUUGGAAGACCAGGAUAUCCAGGACAUUAUCAACUUGGACAAGUACAUUAGUGCUCCCGCCAAAGGCAAGCCGGCACAGGCCGUUUCCUGGUGGUUGGAGUACGACAACAGUACCGUCAACCGGAACCAAUCUCAACAGAGAGAGUACUACGCUUGGGCCCUGGAAUCCAACUCGACCAACGAGAUUGGGGGCAACGACGGCGGAUGCGAGAAAUUGCUCAGUGCCCAAUGCACACAUGGUUUGCUAGAAUGAGCAACACGUUCUUGUGGACGUCUGAUCCUCCUAAAUCA